AUGACCACCCUCCGCGCGCCGCUGCUCCGCCUCUCCACCCUCCCCCGCGGCCCCGCCGCCCUCCCGCGCAUCUUCCACCGCCUCAACAGCAGCGACACCCCCCGCACCACCCCACCGCCCGCACCCGCCCCGCAGCCCCGCACGCUCGACGGCUUCCUCGGCGACAGCAGCACGCUCAGCCGCACGCGCAUCCAGCGCGCAGCGGCCGCCGCAGAGACCCCCGAGUUUCCCAGCUUCACGGGCAGCGACAUGUUCGGCGGCGGCGGCGGCACGGGCGCCGAGGACAACAUGCACCACCUCAAUGUGUACGCCACCAAGCACAACACGCACAUCACGUUCACGAAGCCGAACAAGGACGUGAUCCUGACGCUGUCGUGCGGCAACGUGGGCUUCAAGAAGGCGAACCGCGGGACGUUCGAGGCCGCGUACCAGCUGGCCAGUGUCAUGUUUAGUCGCAUGGAGGAGAGGGGGCUGCGGCCCAAGCACCUCGAGGUGGUGUAUAGGGACUUUGGGCCGGGGAGGGAUGCGUUCACGAAGGUGCUGCUGGGGAAGGAGGGGAAGAGUAUUAGGGAGAGUGUGGUGAGGGUUACGGAUGCGUCGAGGUUGAAGUUUGGAGGGACGAGGAGUAGGGCGAUUAGACGGUUGUAG